AUGGGUAGGGGUCCGGCGGACGGGAUCUGGGGUUUCGACGGCGCUGUGCUGCUGGAUUGGGUGGGUUUCGUUUGCCAAGGUUUUGAUUCCCAGAUGGGGACCUCGUCAGGCGCGGACUUCCACCACCAGCAGCAGCAGCAGCAGCAGCAACCGACCCCACAGGGGUUGCCGCCGCCGCGCCCCAACGGCCGAGCGCCAACGCUGCAGACGUCUCUCUCCCUGGGUGGCGCUGCCUCGUCGGAGCAGGUCGGCUCACCUCCAGACACGCAGGAGCCGUUGUCCAACUCUGACGGUGGGCACGACUCCGCUACCGAGAGCGCCAGCUCGCGGGAGACGUGGCCCGGGGAGCCUGGCAAGAGUGGUGGUGGCAGUGGCGGCGGUCCUCCCAUGGCAGCAGCGCCGAUAACUGCGCUGAGGGUAGCUGAUAGUAAGGAGAAGGAGGUGGUUGGUAAUGGCGUCGCCGAGCUGCAGGCCAUCUGGAGUAGGAUCCCGAGUGCCGGUUGGAUGACGCUCAGGGAGGUCGCUCGGGAACGGGUGGACCUUGUUGCGGAGAAGAUGAAGGGUAUGAGUGACGAGCUGCUGGACGAGACCAAGACCGAGUUGCGGUCGAUUCUGGAAGGCAAUGGCGGCCCGCACCAGAUUCAGGAGUUCAUGUACCUGCAGAAGCUUGUUCAGGGCAGGGUGGAUCUGACCCUGCCCAUCCUUUUGAUGGCUCAUCACGUGCAGCUGGAGAUCCUGGUUGCCAUCAAGACUGGGAUACAGGCGUUCUUGCAUCCGAGCGUCGACAUACCCCAGAGCCGCCUUGCCGAGAUUUUCCUGUACAAGAGGUGCCGCAACAUCGCCUGCCAGAGUGCUGUACCCGCUGAGGAGUGCAAGUGUAACAUAUGCAGCAACAGGAAUGGGUUUUGUAAUCUCUGCAUGUGUGUGAUCUGCAAUAAGUUUGAUUUUGAGGUCAAUACGUGCCGCUGGGUUGGCUGUGAUAUCUGCUCACACUGGACUCACACGGACUGUGCAAUUCGUGAUGGACAGAUUGGGACUGGGCAGAUGAUUAAGAAUGGCAUUGGCCAUGCGGAGAUGCUUUUCCGGUGCCAGGCCUGCCAGAGGACAUCUGAACUGUUCGGAUGGGUUAGGGAUGUCUUUCAGCAAUGUGCGCCUGGUUGGGACAGGGAUGCCUUGCUGCGGGAGCUCGACUAUGUUUGCAAGAUAUUCCGUCUAAGUGAGGACUCAAAAGGGAGGAAAUUGUUUAGAAAAUGUGCUGAGCUAGUUGAAAGAUUGAGGAGCAGUUCUGCCGAAUCAAUGAGUCCUAGAAUUCUGCUACAAGCACUGCAAGGUAUAAAUAGAAUGAUGCAGACUUGUUACUUGUCAAAUACACAGUAUGCUGUCUGGACUUCUUGUUAUUUGCUACAUGUUAGUUUGCAUGAUAAAUUUCAGUUAGUAGUUCAUUUCUUCAGUUUGGAUUUAAUUUCAGAUACGUUUAACACUCUCUUGUAUUUCCCAGAGCUGGAUAUUGAUUCCUCCAAGAGCUUUGAGAACGAAGAGCCAGGGCGCCUGAUCACUCCCCAGGAAGCCUGCAACCGGAUCGCCGAGGUCGUCCAAGAAGCCGUCAGAAAGAUGGAGAUCGUGGCAGAAGAGAAACUGCGAAUGUACAAACGUGCCCGGCUCGCCGUGGAGGCGUGCGACCGGGAGCUGGAGGAGAAGGCGCGGGAGGCCCAGGAGCUGAAGGUGGAGCGGCUGCGGAAGCUGCAGCAGGCGGAGGAGCUGGAGAGCAUCAUCCGGCUGAAGCAGGCGGAGUCGGAGAUGUUCCAGCUGAAGGCGACCGAGGCCCAGGAGGAGGCGGAGCGGCUGCGGAGCGUCGCGCUGGCGAAGAAGAAGUCGGAGGAGGCAGGCCAGGACCUCGCGAGCAUGUACCUGAAACGCCGCCUCGAGGAGGCCGAGGCUGAGAAGCAGUUCAUCUUCGAGAAGAUCAAGCUGCAGGAGAACAACCAGCGCGCGGCGCCGCAUCCGCACGCCGCGAGCAGCAGGGGCGGCGUCGGCGUUGGGAUGGGGGGCGGGAGCUCUGGCGGCGACCCCUCGCAGGUCAUGAUGCUGUCCAAGAUCCAGGACCUGCUGAAGAACGUCCGCAGCAUGCCGUCGGCCAAACCAGACGGGCCGCGGUCCAUGUAG